CAGGUGGCGGGGUCUCCCUUGCAUUUCCCCGCCCCUCUCCUAGGCCUGAGAGAUGCAGCCCGGUCUCCGGUUCCUCCUCUCCUCUUUCCCCAGCCCUCCCUUCCCAUCCUUCUCCAUCCCCUGCGCGGCUGACGUGUCUGCCUGGCACUGCUCAUGCUCUCCCUCCGCCCCAAACCCCGGUCCUAACCUCGCCGCUCGCCCCCGCCUUCUCUUCUCUCCUCCACGCCGCCUCGCCAUCGCAGUCCCCCGCGCCCGGGGCCUCCCUCCGCCCCCAUCACCCCUCCAGCUCCAGCCCCAGCUCCAGCCCCAGCCCCAGCCCCAGCCCCAGCCCCAGCCCCGCCAACAUGGCUGCAGCGCCGCGUCUGCCCUUCUGUCUCCUCGUUCUACUCUUCUCCUCUGGGCCGCGGCUGGGUCAAGCGAACCGAAGCGGGGACCGGCGCUUCGCGGAGCUGAAAAGCUGCUCGGACGAGGAGUGCAGCAUGUUGAUGUACCGGGGUAGAGCUCUGCAGGAUUUCACAGGUCCAGACUGCCGAUUUGUAAAUUUCAAAGAAGGGGAAGCUGUGUAUGUCUAUUACAAAUUAGUAGGAAGAUCACCU